CAUUGAAUCAGCAACACAUAGCCUUGACGCCGUGGAAGCGUGGCGGAGACAACGCCGGACUAUAGAAAGCAUGCCUUGUCACCUCGCUCAAACUCUCCUUCACCGCCUUCUUCACCGCCGUCUCCUCUUCCCGUCGUUACUCGAGUAUAUAUAUAUAUAUAUAUAAUCCUAAAUUAUCACCUCAUCCUUUUCAAAAUUUCCUGUUUGCUUAAUUAGUUAAUUACUACUAUGAUUUUGCGCUGCCCUGAAAUUACAAGUGUUCAAAUUUUGUGUUGAGGAGAUCGAUUUAAGGGGGGACAGUAGAGUGGAUGCAGAAUGGAUGGCAUAUAUAGGUGCUUUUGACAACUUGCGUUGUCUAAAUUUAUCAGAUUGUAACAAAAUUAACAAUUCAGCCAUUUGGGCUAUCACAGGAAUGACAAACUUAAAGGAGCUUGACCUCUCUAGAUGCUCAAAGAUUACCAAUGCUGGAAUUAGACAUCUAACAUCCAUCCCAAGUUUGGAGAAGUUGUGGAUUCCAGAAACAGGCGUCACGGCUGAUGGUGUGGUACUUCUGUCUUCAUUAACCAACUUAUCUUUGUUAGAUCUGGGAGGCCUGCCUGUAUCGGAUUCCUCUCUGGGUAAUCUUAAGGUUCUCGGGAAACUACAACAUUUGGAUCUUUGGGGGAGUGAAGUAUCAAACAGAGGAGCAUCUCAUCUUAAAUGGUUCCCAAGAUUGAGUUCUCUGAAUUUGGCCUGGACCAAGGUCACUAUGUUGCCAAGUCUGCCUAUUCUUGCAUGUCUAAACAUGAGCAAUUGCACGAUACACUCUAUAUUCGAAGGAGAAGGACAGAAAGCUCCUCUUUCAAAGCUUAUUCUGUCUGGAGCAACCAUAAGAGAUGUCUCUGAAGCUUUCCUACACCUUGAAACAUCUUCCCUCUCUCUCCUGGAUCUUUCCAAUUCAUCUCUUAAUUCGUACUGCUUUUUGCCAUAUAUGAAUGCGAUAUCAGAUUUAGAUCUCAGUGGUACAUCUGCAGGGGAUGAGUCAGUUGAACACAUUGCAUUUGUAGGUCAAAAUUUACGUCGUCUAAAUCUCAGCCGGACAAAAUUAAGCUCUGCAGGACUGGGAAUUUUAGCUGGUUUUGUUCCCAAUCUUGAAACUUUAUUGUUAUCUUACACGGCCAUUGACGAUUCUGCUAUCUCCUUCAUGAUCACCAUGCCUUUGCUAAAAUGUAUCAAUCUGAGUGGUACAAAUAUCAGAGGUAUGGUCAACGAGGUGGAUUCUGAUGCUAAUUGUGCGUCGUCACUGUCUGGGUUGUCUAGUCUUGAUCAUUUGGAAAGAUUGGAUUUGGAGGAGACUCGAAUCAAGGAUUCAGCUUUGGCUCCUUUGCCGAGCUUUCGUAAAUUGAGCUAUUUAACCUUACGGAGUGGUUCCCUUACUGAUACCACUUUGCAUCAGUUGUCGUCUAUUCAAAGCUUGGUUACCCUGGGGAUUCGUGAUGGCGUACUCACUGAUACUGGGCUCUAUAUAUUCAACCCUUCACCAUCUAUGAGGAUUCUUGAUCUCAGGGGUUGUUGGCUGCUGACAGAGGAUGUUCUGUUGUCAUUUCAGCAAAAGCAUCCUCAAAUUGAAGUAAGGCAUGAUCUUCUUAGUAUUGCAUUGGUUAAAAGGUUAUCUGUUCACUCACCUGUGUGCCAAGCGACACCUCAGAGCAAACUAUACAAAAACAAGAACGGAGGGCCAUCAGCAUCUCCCCUAAGAUCUAGCAGACACGGUUUUCUUGAUCAAAGAUUGAAGUACACCAGAGAAGAACUGCUUGCAGUGAGCUUUGGCUCUGCCUCUAUUUCCAGAGACAAUGUUGAUUGGAUACCUCAUGAGCUGGCAAAUGAUGGAUAGAAUUUCUUGGAUUCAUCUCAUAGUGCAACUCAGGAUGAUAAAUGAUAUAAGCCCAAACCAUGUUAUGAUUAGCUAUUACCUUGGUUAAAUGGCAUCUGGUUCUGGCCAAUGGUAUUACAGUUCGGAGCCCUUUUUAUGUGUGUUGUGGUACUUCUGAUCUUGGAAAGCUCAGUUAAAGAGCAAUUUUUAGACAUCCAACUGAUUCCUGGAUUUGUACAAGUUUUUAUACGACUCAUAUUACCAGCAGUUUUGAAAUUCAAGGAACAAGACUUCCUAUGAUAGACCCAAAGCUCUCCAGUUGCUAAUAUUGCAUGAGGACCUCUAGAUUAGAUGUGUUUGUAUAAUGCCCAUGUUUAUGUAAAGCUGUGUUUUAGCUAUCAUUCUGGUCAUUGUUGUAGCUACCUGUUGUAUUUUACGUUUUCUGGUCAUUCUGGGGACAUUGUUUAUAAUGUGUACAAAUCUAGAAAUGCCAGUUUUUGACA